ACUCAGAGUUGGAGAUGUCUUUGGUUGCGGCUUGUGCCUCUGGGAUCCUUGGGUCAUUAUGAGGUCCCAAAUCGGGGAGGUGUGUGGACGACCGACGACCUCACACACCUCUCAAUGAUCUGUCCUAAAGUCUAAGCACGUGAUUCUGCCGGAGCCCUGGUUCCCGCUGUCGAUUGGUUCCUGGUCUGUGGCCCACUCGCCUCCCAGCCGGAAAACUUUUAAGGCCGAUGAUGACCCAAAGCGGUUGAUCGCCUUUUAUUUCGAAGUUAGGAAAGCCAGGACGAUCGGCAAUAUUUGUGUAGUAGUUGUAGAAUCCAGUCGACUUAGCUACCUGCUGGUUUGUUUGUUUGAACCUUUUAUAACUUUGGUUUUAAGACUGGUUGUGAUUCUUGCGCCAUAUUGGUAUGUUGUAUAUGAAGUUGGUUGUUGUAGUAUCAUGUUUCAAUCAAUACAGCGGAUAACUAUUUUUGAAGUGUAAGAUAAUCGACAGACAUUGGUGUACGAUAAAGGAUGUACACUGUAAGUAAAGACAGAACAUUUAUCUGGAUCGUCAAGAAAUGAUUAGGAUGACACGGCAUUACGAAACCGGACGGGCCACAUGCCGUCAACGCCAUCUCGCGGUUAGGGCCGAAUAGGACAGAAAGAAAUCGGGUCGGCCUCGCCCAGAAAACUUACGUUUCGAUACAAAAGCUUUAGGACGAGUCGUUUAUUGUUUAGUACGUGCGUGUUAUAAGUGUUUUGUUUUUUAUAUCUGAGAGUUUGUUUGUCGGCCGUAGACACGCGGUGGGAAACGCGGGUGGGAAUCGGCGUAUAUGCGUAAAAAGAUCGGCCUCAGAAGCAUCGGAAUUCGAACUUACAAGCGCUGCUGUCGCUUGGAAGCCCGAUCGUCAAACCGGCACUCGGUGGCUCUGCUGGUAGACGUUUCUGGCAAUCAUUUUUAUCUCCGUUGUCCGUCCCUGCUCGUUAUUCGCACGUCUCGACCCGACCGGAACGUCCGCGAUGUCCUCCAGUGCCGGGUCUCCGUGAGAAGCGACUCGUUUCAGCCGGGAUGCGACCGCGGAUCGGGCAACGCUGAUAACGCCCUACUCAGAAGCGAGAACUGGCUCAGACGCAACACCGACCCGAGGAGAUUUUUAUAGGCUAAAAGUUUUAAACCUUUUUUCUCGAAUGGGAGCGUGAGGUUUCGGCAGGCGUUCCUUCAUCGCAUCUCACGCCGGAGAGUCACAGGAAAAAGCAGUCACGAUGGAAAUCGACCCGUUUUCCAUGCUGGAAAUCUCCCUUCACGAAGAUGUACCGAACGGAGAAGAAGAAGGAAUACAAGUCAAUGUGGAUCCUUCAUAUAUGGACGAUGGAGAAAGUGAUUUUGCCGUUGUUAAAGAAGAAGAGAUGGAUGAUUCAGGCAUGGCAUCGUACGCAAUGGAAAUGGUUAUUAAAAAUGGGAAUAAGCUAGCCGUAAUCUCUCCAGAGGAGGAGGCUUAUAGGAAGAAGCUUUAUAAAACGAUGAACAUCGUACUUAGGAAAAGGUUACACUGUACAGUCUGUGAUGCUCACAUCGGAUGCUAUUUAGAUCUUAAUUUAGAAGAAAUCGAACACCCCCUCUUAAAGGUUUUAUCAUGUGCUAGGUGCACUUUCACCUACAAGCACAUAGAUUUCCCACUCACCCCGGAUGGUAAAGACGUCCGGUGUAGAUGGUGCACGAAACCAUCUUCAGAAGACUCUCCUCUUAGGUUCUGCAAAUUCUGCCCUUUUGCAUUCUGUGAGAUGUGUAUAUAUAGAAAUCUUCCACUUGAUGAAUUAUCUAGGAAUAAAGGAGUUUGGAUGUGUAUCGUAUGCAAUAUGAGUGAACUCUGGCCAUCGAGGGCUGUCCUUUGGGCUCUUAUUGCACAAAUCCAAUUCAACCAAUCAAGGGAAGGAGUAGAAAAGUGGGAAGGUGAUGUGUCUCAAUGUUGUAAAUCAAAUAAGGGAAAAGCAGGCAAAUCUAUGUCCAAAAUUGAAGAAGAUAAAAGGACGAAUGGACACGGAUUUCCAGGUUUGGGGCUAGGUAAUAUACGAGACAGAAAUAUAUUCGGGAGAAUGCUGGGCUACCAUGAUAAUAAAAAGACGACUGUAAUAAUGCCUGAUCCCAAUUCGAAAUCGUCCGUAAUGCGUUCGAUACAUACCGCAGAAAAGAUCGAAAGGCCUAGACCGUUGCCGGCAUCAAAGUAUGAAACUCACUGGUUGAAGGACAAGAUCGACACAAUCUGCACGACGCUCCUCGCCUUGAACAAAAACUUGAAAAGGGUGUCCGAGUCACUGCCUGAUGUGGACGACAAGUUCAACAUUAAAUCGAAAAUGAUUUCCAUUACCUCCCUCCUCAACAUUGGCUCCAAUCAAAUAACAAUGUAUACGAAGGAAUUGGAAAACGAAUGGAAGAAAGUUUUGGAGACAAAGUCGUACAAGAUUGUUAAAAAAGGUUUGCUGAGACGAAAUCCAGUCCCUUAUCGAAGAACAUCUGCGAUCACAAAAACGUUCGAAUUAAGCCCAGUUGAUAGACUGUAUAUGGAAAAGUACAAUAUUAAACCGUGUUACGUAAAACUCAAUCGGGUGGAUAAAUUUGAAGUUAUAAACAUUGAUGACUAGGACAAUACUCAGUAUGAAUUAAUAUAAAAAUUGUAAAUAAUAAACCCUUAAUUAUAACAAAUUCAGAAAAUUUAAAAUACUUAUUAUGCCA